UACUCAGUUUUGAUUUUAAUAUUCAUUUACGGAUUUCCUGAGGGGAGGUAAACGUUUAUCCAAUGGUAUAACUGCCCUAAUGAAACGUAAAAAGCUUCUAUUUCACAAAAUUCCUCUUUUCAGAUAAGAAAAAAUUACCAACGGGCGAGUCAUGUGUUAACACAUUGAACAGCAAUAUGAUUUUAACCUUCGUGGAAUUUUUUGCUCAUCGGUUGUUUAAAUUUUGGAAGCCAUAAAACUUUCCCGGGGGAAAACCGUUUUAUGAACGAGGUGUCAACGGUUUCUUCGAAGAAUAGAAAGUCCAUCGGGAGAACGAUUUAAAAUUGACAGACUCACAAAGACAGACAAAGAUGGGCACAGUUGUCGCGCUAUUCGGGGAAUCGAGCACCAACUCGAAUUGCGAAGACAUACUGACAACAAAAGUAUCAGGAUGCAAAGUGACGGAUGUCAGUCAGAAAAGCCCCGCGUUUGUAGGUAACGAAAAAUCCGAAGAAACCAAACCCAGUGAGUACCCCAGCAAUUCUAACGGCGCGUCGAGCGUUUGCGUCGCGGAAAAGAAGGAGAACACGUUGAUUUGUAAACUUUGUAACUUUAUAUGUUUCUCAGAAGCGAGAUUAAAGAAACACGCGCUGACCCAUUCGGACGUCAAAUUGCUCAAUUGCCAACACUGCGAUUAUAAGACGGUGUUGGAAAGCAACUUGAAGAACCACAUGCGCGUCCACGCCACAGACAAUCAAUACGCUUGCAGCGUUUGUAAAUAUCAACUUGUAGAUGUUAACCAUUACACGGAACACAUGACAUCCCACGAGGAGGAGAUAGAUUUAAAAUCUCUAGAAUCUCUAAGUUCAGAGAACGGAAAUCGUUCGGGAGGUAGUGUAUACUCUUGUGUUUUAUGCUCUUACAAAGGAGCAUCGAUAAAAGCGCUUAGGAGUCAUGUUAAAACCCACUCUCAGGAAAAACCUUUCAGCUGCGCCGAAUGUAAUUUUAGUUGUAAAAACAAAAGUAAUCUGCGCCGACAUAUGACCAUUCACACCGGAAACUCAUUCGUCUGUACAGAGUGCGAUUACAAAUGCAGUACGGCGACAACGCUGAAGUACCACGUGAUGCGCCAUACCGGAGAAAAGCCUGUCGCAUGUACGGAAUGCGAUUACAGGUGUAAGACGAACGGAGAUCUGAGGAGGCACAACCGGAUCCACACAGGAGAGAAACGAUUCGUCUGCAACCAGUGCGGCUAUAAGUGCGCGGCUGGUGCCAAUUUGAGAAGGCAUUCAAAGACGCACACUGGGGAAAAAGUGUUCGGUUGCACGGAAUGCGAUUACAAAUGCAUCACGUCCAGCGCGUUGAAAUGCCACAAAAUGAAGCAUACGGGGGAAAAGCCGUACGCCUGCACGAAAUGCAACUACAAGUGUACCAAACCGAUGAACUUGAAAAACCACCAGAUCGUCAGGCACACCGGUGCCAAGAUGUACACCUGCCCGCAGUGCGACUACAAGUCUUACGAAGAGACCAACUUCAACAUACACAUGACGACACACCGUGGGGACAAACUGUACGCCUGUAGGCUAUGCGGCAGCCGUUUCGGCCAACUGCUCGACUUGAAAAACCAUGUGAAAACCCAUAAAAACGAAUGAGCACAAAAUAUCACGAAGACAAACGGACAACCGCGAGGGAAGUCAUAGGAAAUAAACCACACUUUCAACCAACAAAAAAGUGUGGAAUCUGGACGAGAACCAGUCCUAACGUUUAGUGAUAAUUUAGUUAACACGAAGCACGGAUGUUACAUUCUAAUCCUACGCUUAGACAUUGUUUUUAUAAUUGAUCGUUUCAAGAAUGGAAAGAAGUAGGUGCAAACAACCAUCAGUUUUCUUAUGUUUUACAGUAAUAAACGUUACAAUU